CUCUCUCUCUCUCUCUCUCUCUCUCUCUCUCUCUCUCUCUCUAUAGAAGUUCUCAUCAUCUCCUCUUCCUUGAUCUGGUUCAACCUGAUCAAACCAUCCAUUGAUCUUCAUAAAACCAGUCAUGUAUUUCAAGCCCACAAGAUUGUUGUUCUCGAGCAUCAUCAUCACCACGCUUCUGAUCUUGUCGUGCCUCUCCAUCCAUGCAACCGAUGCUCGCCAUUUCGGCGCAGUAGUCUUCAACAAGAAUCAUCAGAAGGAGAAUGUGGCGGCGAGUUCACCAGUUCAAGCAGAAGACAAGAGUGGUCAUGUAAUAAUGGCGAUGGAAGAUGAAGGUGCGAAGGAUGUUGGUAAGUCAUUAUUAGGCCGUGGAAAUCCAGCAAAGAAGAAUCAGGGGCGCACUGUAGUACAUCCUGGGUUGGAUCACCAGCAGCUGGACUAUUCUCUUCCUAGAAUGCGCACCCCUUCUCACAAUUAGCAAAAUUGCAUGUUAUAGCUGUUGUUUGAGUUCUUGAUGAGGAUAUUCAGUUCUUUAUGUAAUGUAUAUGAAAGGCAAAUUUUGUUUCCUGAUAAUUUUUUUUUUUCGGGGAUAUGUAUCUUUCUAAUAACUAAGACAGAAACGAGAGAAUUAACUUAAUUAUGACGAGUUGGCAUUUUCUUUAUAUAUUAUUGUAGCUCGAAUGGCAUCACCAAUUGUACGCGUAGUUUACUGAGAGAUGUAUGAAAACAUGCAUGCAGGUAAUGGCGGGAUGGUUGAGUCUGGUUUCGUUUUGGACCAUCUUAAGUCGACAAUUGUUGAGGUAAAACAGUACACACAUUUGAUGCCUAGCUUCUUCCUUUAGGUUGAAUCGAUCAUAUCAAUAAACCUAAAUGCUAAGAAACGCCACCUCGUUAU